GUGAGGUGGGGUAAGGCGGGUACGAAGUGGGGCAGGUAGAGCGGGGCGGGUACAAUGUAAAAUCCACCCCCGCCCCAUCACCCAUGGCGGGUAUGAUUUUUAUUAAUUGGUAUUCUGUGCACCAUGGUGCACAGUAAACUACAUGCUCCAGCCCAACACGCGGCCCAAUUAACACAACCCAAAUAAAAAACACGCCCAACCCAAACAUUAUGUUUUCAAUUUUUUUUUUUUAAAAAUAACCGUUCUAAUAUUGCUAAUGAACCGCCACAUUAUUUUUUUAAUCAUUUUAAAACAUUCUCUCUCUUCUCAUAAAUUAUAAACUUUCAUCUCAUAAAUUAAUUUGCAUUUCUCUCUCCUCAUUUCAUUUUUCUCAAUCAACUCUAAAUUUCUCUCUCUAAAAACUACUGCAAUUCCAUGGCGAAUGAAGAAGAUUCACCGAAAUCACCUUCAAAAAGAAAAUCAAAACAAAGUACGUCUAGUGGUGAAGACGAACACAUGUAAGUGAUUUAUUGUUCAAAUUACCAACAAAAUGAGUAAUUUAAACCCUGAUUUUUAAAAUUAAAAAUUAAUUUGAAACAAAAUUAUGUUGAAAGGACAUUAAGUCAGUUGUUCAAUGUGAAAACACCAAAAAAGAAGAAAUUAGAAGAUAUAGAAGGAAGUCCAUCAAAAAGGUAUAUUUUGAAUUUUUAAUUCAUAUAUUUUCUGUUUAAUGUGAAUAUAUGUUAUUUUUUUGAAGGAUAAUUCCAAAUAAUCAACUGAAAACCCCACAAUUGUGUAUUUAUGUUUGUAUAUUUGCUUGCAUGUUUAUCAAUUUAAAUUAUGUAUUGAUAUGUUUUUGAACAACACUUCAUACUCUUUUGAACAACUAACAAUAAAUAACAAAAUGACUGAGAAGCUGAAGCUAGGAAAAUACUUGUUCCCUAACAACAUGAUAAUCAAAAGUGUUGAAAGUCUUAUUGGAAAAAGAAAGAAUGAUGAUUCCAAUUUGAGUGAAGAUGAGGCUUUCUUUCUUGAAGGCUAUUGAUCAGAUUGAAAGAGAGUAUUUGGAAAAAAAGGAAGCUGAGAAAAAAGAAACAGAAAGAAGAGAAGCUGAGAAAAAAAAAACAAAAAGAGAGAACAAGAGCAUGGGGAAAACAGAAGGUAGGGGAGGAUUAUAACAUGGAUAGUGCUUUUGAUUUGGGAAUUGAUGAACCUCCAACACCACCAACAAAUGUUCAAACUGGAGGAAGUAAAAGUCCUAUUGUAGGUGGUGCUCCUCCUAUGGCAAGUGGAGAUCAAAGGGAAGAAAGUACUGGUGCUGGGAAAAGUACUCUUUACCUAACACUUACCAUAGGUAGAGGAGAGAAAGGUCCUGAAAAAGAAGUGGCAAAAAGUGGUGAUAAAGGAAAGGCAAAGCAGGUGACUUUUGAAAUGCCAGAACUUGAUGCACAUGGAAAGUCAUCACAUAUGCCUUUUGAAGACAUGUUUGAUGAUGCCACUGACUUUUCCAAUAUAUUUACAACCAAUGAUGCAACACUUGAUGAUAUUUUGACGAACCCGCUUUCAAGGACUUUCAAUAUCAAGGGUAAUGUCAUUCUAUCUGAACAUAUAUAUGUAAUUUUUUGGGCAGUAGAGUAGAAAAUAAAAGGUGAAAGAUAUGUAAAUAUUUUGGAAGUAAUGUAAUGAAUCUGUAAUUUUUUGGGCAACUAGGAUAGAAGCUAAUAAAGUCAGCAUAAAUAUUUUGGAUGAAAUCAGAACAAGUACAAAUAUAAAUGUAUUUAUGAAGUAUUGAAUAAUAUAUUUCCUAUAUU